CGUGGGAAGGGAGGAGGAGAGGGAGCUGAGCUCCGUGCCCUCGGAGAUGGCGCGGCUUCCGGGCUGGGGGUUUGUGGCGGCGGUGGUGAGGGGCUGGCGCGGCUGCUCAGUUUGCAAGUCAUGUGCUCUUCGAAGGUUUUCCAUCCAGCCUGCCCAGCAGAAGAAGAUUCCAAACCGGUAUCUUGGCCAGCCCAGCCCUUUCACACACCCUCACCUUCUCAAACCAGGAGAAGUAACCCCAGGAUUGUCACAGGUGGAAUAUGCUCUUCGCCGACACAAACUGAUGGCAUUGAUCCAGAAGGAAGCCAAUGACUGGGAUGGAUUGGACCACACAGUGAUUCUGCUAUCCAACCCCACCUACUACAUGAGCAAUGACAUCCCCUAUGUUUUCCACCAGGACACUAACUUCCUCUACCUCUGUGGGUUCCAGGAGCCUGACAGCAUCCUGGUGCUGCAGAGCAUUCCUGGCAAAGCACUGCCAUCCCACAAAUCCAUACUUUUUGUGCCCCGGAGAGAUCCAAGCCGAGAGCUGUGGGAUGGGCCCAGAUCAGGUACUGAUGGGGCAAUUGCUCUCACCGGAGUAGAUGAAGCUUACACCAUUGAGGAGUUCAGGCACUUGGUGGCCAAGCUGAAAGGUGAGUCAAACAUUGUUUGGUACGACCUGGGAAAACCAGUGCAUACAGAGCUGCACUCUGACUACCUGCAGCCCCUGGCUGAGAUAAAAGCUCGGAACAAACACCAUGUCCAGCACAUCCGACAUCUAGUGCAAAACCUUCGUCUCAUCAAAUCUCCUGCAGAGAUUGAAAGGAUGAAGACAGCUGGACGAGUGACAGCAGAGGCUUUCACAGAGACCAUGUUUGCCAGCAAAUCCCCAGUGGAUGAAGCCUUUCUGUAUGCAAAGUUUGAGUUUGAGUGCCGGACUCGUGGUGCUGACAUCUUGGCAUACCCCCCUGUUGUUGCUGGUGGCAACAGAUCAAACACUUUGCACUAUGUGAAGAACAAUCAGCUCAUCAAGGAUGGUGAACUGGUCUUGCUGGAUGGUGGGUGUGAGUCUGCCUGCUAUGUAAGUGACAUCACACGUACCUGGCCUGUCAAUGGAAGGUUUACCAAACCCCAAGCAGAAUUAUACCAGGCUGUCCUGGAUAUUCAAAAAUCCUGCCUGAGCCUCUGCUCCCCAGGUGUGAGUCUAGAGAAUAUCUACAGCCUCAUGUUGAGCCUUAUUGGACAGAAACUGAAAGACUUGGGGGUCCUAAAGAGCAGCAUCACUGAGAGCCACUUCUUCAAGGCGGUUCGAAAGUACUGCCCACAUCAUGUGGGCCAUUACUUGGGCAUGGAUGUUCAUGAUACCCCAGAUAUAUCCCGAUCACUCCCGCUCCAGCCAGGCAUGGUGAUAACCAUUGAACCAGGCAUUUAUAUUCCUGAAGAUGACUUCAGUGCCCCGGAGAGGUUUCGUGGCAUUGGUGUACGCAUUGAAGAUGAUGUUCUGAUAACAGAGGGUGCGCCUCUCAUCUUAUCUGCUCACUGUCCCAAGGAGAUCUAUGACAUCGAGCAGAUCUGUGGCCACAAGUCAUGAUACUCCUUCUCUGCCUCUUUUAUCCUCUUUGGGAGAAGCAGGGCUCCAAGGAUGCACAUCCCUGUAGCUGUCAAGUGCUGGAGGGUGUGGACAGUCGAUGGCUGUUUCUAUGACAAAGCAACCUUUUCUGUGUGCAUUUUCCUUCUGAUUUGAUUAGUGCUGAUGCUGAGCUGUUGUAGGACAUGGGGGUGGAUUCAUUCCUCUUCUGUGUGGAUCCAUUUGUUCUGGUGCCCUUGGAGGGGCGAAUUUUAUCAGUGCCACCAGCAGGGAUUCUGCCCAGUCCCUCUCCAAGUGUAUAGGUGUAGCUGCUGAGACCGGCCAGCACCCCGUUUUUUCCCCUUCAGCAGUAGUUUCACAAUAAAUUUAAAAAAUAAAGCUUUGAUAAAUUCUGUUCUAGGGGCAUAAAGUGUGUCAGACAGCUUUGAUUUUUGUAGAGCCCUGGAAGCAGGGGGUUUGGUAGCCAGGAAGAUGGGUUUGGCUGGGAGGUAAUUUUAUCUGAAGCCUGUGGAGAACACUUACAGUAUUUUAAGUGUAAGGAUGUGUAUGGGCCUUGUGCAGGCAUAUGCAAAAUAGGCCAGCAGCAGGGAAAAACAUCUUGUCUGCUCUUUGAGCUUAUUAGAGUGUUUGGUAAUUUCAGAAAGGACUGAUGGGACUCAGAAGGUUGGACAUACCCGUUCUUGCUGUCUUCCACAUUCUCUUCUGUUUAUCCCACAUAUGUGUUCUGUUCUGAGCCUGCCUCUACCCUGGGAGCAGGGCAGUGUUGAUUGUGCUGUGCUCUACUGGUGAGCUGCUGGUUGUCACCUAGAUGUGAGGUGUCCAAUUCUGGGUCACUCACAGUAUCUUUCUGCUUUAUGCUUUAAGUACCAGCAACUUCAGCAGUGUAUUUUUCAAGACUCUGCCCUGUGGCAAGUCUUCAGUCCUUGUAUGGCUUUUAUAUGGAAUUUAAAGUAAUUCUCUUUUUCAGAACUCUUGAGGACAUGAUCACAGCUGCCUUUUGGGUUUUGCCAAGUGCAGUCAGUAACUAAUGCUCUGUGAUAAUAUUUUUGAGGCAGCUGCAGAUGUGAUUAGAGGCUAUGAUAGAUGACAAGAAAAGGGACGAGUUGUCUUUCCUUAACAUCAGUCUAAAGCACAGACCAGUGUUUACAGUAGUAAAUACACCUACUAGAGGCAAACAUGGCAUCUGUUUAUUUAUUGAAAAUAUUUUGACAAUCAGCUAUAUAAUGUAUCUGAAAAAUGCCUCUUAUCAGUGCAUGUCCUGUUAUUUAUGCUUGCUGUUGCAUCACAUUAUGCUUCCUUUCUGAUGGUAGCUUUCAGUAUUUUUCAUCUGUUAUUCUCAAUUUUCCUUCUUUUUCUUUUCUCUUCCUAUGGUGUCUGUCUUUGACUCACUCUAAUGUCACUGCUUCCUAAUCCAUUUUGCUUUCUAAUCAAUGUCGCUGCCUCUUCCCCAGUUUGCCCUAAUUCCCCACAGUAAAUGUAGUCAGAAGCAUGUGGGGAAGAUAGUCAGGGUUCCUGAGGUCGACCUCUGGCUCUGCUGCUAUGUAACCUCGAGCAAAAUCUGGGGGGUUCUCUUUUUUUUAUUCUUCUCAGUGUUUCAUUUCACUUAGUGAAGGCCAAAUGGACAGUGUCUUUUGUCUGUCAUUGCUUUUAGUGGAAGCUGGGUGCAUGCACUGGGGUUUGAAUUGGGCAUUUGAAGGGCAGCCAAGACAUGCCAUAAUUUUGUUUUUCAAACGUGAUUAGAAGUAACUGCUUUUACAGAGUUCAGUGUAUCGAGUUUCACCUGGUUAAGAGAAUCUGCUAAUGGAAUCUGCUUGGUGCUCAUGCAUUACGUUGAUACAUACAGUGUAAAUUAUUAGCAGGAAGGCAUGUUAAGUGUGGAUACAGAACUGAUGAAUACUUUUGAUGUUGUUCUGGUCUGUAACACAUUUGUGGUUUCAAUUACACCUGUUAGAGCCAUGUGAACUGAGACAAAAAUUGGCUUUUGGAAUUAUAUGAGAGACUUAAAAUAACAUUAACUGAGAGCUGCAUGUGUGUGCUGAUCUGCACAUCUGCCCAUGUACCUAACCAAGUUAAUAAUUGUACGUACUAUAAAUAACACUUUGAAAUACAUACUUAAAACUUAUUUUAAAAAUAAAACAAUAUGUAGAAAGUAGUUUGUUAAGCCGUCAAGAUACAUGGCUACUGAAUAGAUAGAAACACCUCCAGAAAGAGUAUUAUUUUCCAGGGAAAUUUAUAAAUUAUCUGUAACCUGUCUUGAACUUGAAAUAACAUUGUCAAGUGGAGGCACACAUUAGCUUCUACUCCUCUCAGGAAAAUCUUGCAGCUUGCAGACACCAUUAGAUCUUAGGAAUGUUAUGGACGAAUGUUUCUGCCAGUAAAGAAGUGUUUGUGACUCUGCUGAGUGGGGAAUAAUGGAUUUGCUAGGGCUGCUGUGCCCCACCGUGCCACAUGUAUUUGAUUUGCCGUGCAUUGCCCCACAUUCUGUAGUACUGGCACAGCACUCAGCCAUUUCUGCAGCAUAAGCUGCUGCUAAUAUUUUGAAUCUGUUGUUCCAUUGUCGUAGUAAAGAAGAGUGUAUUUUGCAGAACGUAUUAAAUUUGAGUCUUAUCAACCUGCA